UUUAAUUUUAUAGCAUUUCACAUUUUUUUGUCUGGACUAUAUUUUUCUUGGGAUUUUGAUGAGUAAAAUUCUUUUUGCUUUUUGGAAUUGGUCCUAUUGGGUUUCUAGCCAAUUUCUUUGAUUUUUUUCCUUGUGUUAUUAAUUCUUUUGAAGAAUUGGACCGGGUGUUGAUUUUCAUCAUUUCACUUGAAAUUUGUUAUCUAGUUGAAAGAAAGUUAUUUGAAUUUAAAAUUGGCGUCGAAAAUUCUUUUUCAUAGCUGUGCAUUAUUCCCAUUUUUGGGAAUUUAUUUGGAAAUAUUAUGUACACUCAAGAUUGUCAAUUACCACAUAAUAUCUCAUAUUUUGGAUCUGAGCGCUUUUCUUUGCUAAGAAAGCCUUUUAAAUUUCAAUUUCCAAAAGAAAUUGUUGUUUGCUAGACACAACAAAUGUCUUUUCUACAUUGUUUCGAAACAUAACUGGUUCAGAGAAGCUUAGGCGAAUGCAUGGAAUUAUGGAAAUCAGGGUUCAGUUUAACAUUUAUAUGAGGACAUUGUGUAUGUCGUAGGAGAAGCCGAUGGAGUUGCAUAUAGACUAGCUAAUGUGGAUUUAAUUAUAUUUUUCUUGGGUGAUCAUCUUUGUUCCCUUUUACUGUGUGCUUGUGUUUGGUUUUUGGAAAGUUGUAAUUUUGCAUGGUUUCAAGCUCCCUACGGUGAGAAAAUAAAAACUUUGAAACAUUAGGAGAUGGUAGGGGUUCACAAACGUCCUCAUCUACUUAGAAAUUACUUAUCUGAUCGGUUAUUAUUCCUAAAUUUGUUGGGCUUGGUGCCAAUGUUCUUAUUUUCUUUUUACUCAAAUGUAUCUCUGUAAAACAGGGACAACAAGAAUUGCAGAAUUGCACAAACAAAUGCUAUUUGCAAAGGACUUAGGGAGGAAAAAGAAUCAUGAUGAUGUUUUUCAUCAGAAUGAUAGAAUGACAAAAAUGUGCAAAUAUUCUUUAUCUUUGGCUACAUGUUUAUUGUUUCUCUUCGUCAUUUUUUGCACCUUAUCCUGACUUAGAUAACUUAGAGGUAGUACAUUUACCUUGCUAAGUUGUUGAUCUUUCUUUUGCGUUAGUAUUCCUUUUGGAUAUAGAUGAUCAUUCUUUAUUAGGACUCGUCUUGAUAAUCUUUUGUACAUACUAAUGUACUAGCUUGUUUGUGGUCAGCGCUUACCAUAUCAUAUGGUAAAAGAAUAUUUCAUGGCUGUGCAUUCUAUUGUUACUACAUACUCCAAAGUACAUUCACAUAUUAUUUGAGAAUCUUAACAAUGCAGGCAAGUCUUAUUGUGGAAGUGAGCUCGCAUUCAUAUUUACAAUAUUUCAUGGCUGUGCAUUCUAUUGUUACUACAUACUACAAAGUACAUUCACAUAUUAUUUGAGAAUCUUAAUAAUGCUGGCAAGUCAUAUUGUGGAAGUGAGCUUGCAUUCAUAUUUAGUGACUAUUAGUAAUAGUUUUUUGGUGGUUGCAUAAAGUAUUUUUAAUGACUUGGGAAAUUGAAUAUACUUAUUGAGAUAUUAUCGAUUCGUGAAUGAACAAUGGGAAAUAUUUUCUAAUCCUUAGUAAUCAAAAAGUGGUACCUUGGCACUUUCACACUAGUAUUCUCCUCAAAUUACCAGCUAAUAUUCUCCUGCAUUCCAUGUCUCUUGUUUUACAGUUGAAAUUAUCAAAGUGGCGGUGUCAACUAGUUUUGGUUAUUGUCACUCAUGUUAAAACCAAUACUGGGCUUUUCUCAGAUAUUUUCUGGUCUUACUCAUAUCACUUCCACCAUUUGGAAGGUUUAUCAGAUCGUUUAUUUGCUUGCUUUCUGUGUACUGAUGCCUGGAUGUUAUGGCAUUGACACAUUUUAUGCCAGUUGUUCCUCAUGCUUCUUUCAGCUGAAACAAGACUGAAUCUCCUACAUAAAUUGGCAUUCUCGAGAGUGCUACACUUGGUUUCGGCAUUGUUGUCAUUAUUAUACAAAGGCUGCUAUCUUCUUUGAAUUUUAGUUAUUUGAUGAUUAAAAUUAUGAAAUCCAUCUUUGAUGGAAUGAAAAAUGAAAGCACUAUCAUUUGUUAGUUAAAUGAAUCUACGUUUUUUGCAGGCUAGUGAUUCUUCAUCCAAUGCAUGUUGGCUGUGAUCUGCUUGUUUUAAGCCGUUUCAGCCAGCCAUGGAAUGCUCGAGAAAAAACUACCUCGAAAAGAGAAACCCACAUACCAGUAACUGAAAGACAAAGAAAAACCCAUUAUAACGAAUAACUUCAUUUAGACAAGGCGGCGAGUGGCAAUGGAAGCAGUGCACAACCAUGGAAUUAAAAACUACACGAAAACAUUUCCAGAGGCUGAAAAUGUAGAGGAAGACGAUGAGAGGGUUCUUCUCGGUCAAGGAAAAAUUUCUAGCAAUAAAGAAGAUAGAUUUGCUGAGUCUUCUGAUUCUUCUUCCUCUGCUUCCUCUUCUGAUGAAGAUUUCUUCCAUUUAGCCCCAAACGAGCUUGGCAAAACAGUUUCGAAGGAAGAAGGAAACAAUCGUGUGCCCAAAUCUAGAGAAGACCUCGAAUUGGGUUUCAGAGGGGAGCCAAAGAUGGGACAGAAAGUGAUUCUUGAGCCUUCACCAGCUAUUCCCGAGCCCGAUUGCAUGGCUGAUGGGCAUGGUUAUGAAGGGCCCAUGCUCUCGCAGUCAGUUCACUCUGAUUCAGUUCAAGCACCAGGCGUUUCUCUUUUACCCCCUAGGCCCUUUGAUACCCAAGGUUUCUUGAGUGUGUCUAGGCAAUCACCACCAAUUCAAGUGAUGUAUAAAUCUGAAUAUUCAAACCCAUCAAUAAGUAAACCUGAAACCCCGAGUGCCGAACAAUAUAGGAUCCCUUCUUCUGUUUUUGCUAGAACAAAGUCUCAAACACCCAUGGAAUGGAGUGUGGCCUCGAAUGAAUCUUUAUUUAGUAUUCAUGUUGGAAAUUCUAGCUUCUCGAGAGACCAUGUUUUCCUGUUUGGAAAGUCAGGGGAGCUCACUAAUUUCUCAAGUAGCCCUCCUUUGGGGUCUCCUCCUAUACCUUUCGUUGUGGGGUCUGAUGCCAGAGAGGUGGAAGACGAGCAUGAUAUGGGAAUUGAGGUUAACACUGAUGAUAAGGAGGAUGCUCGAAUUUUGCAUGAGGUUGAGCCUACGUCUCCUGAUGAACAUAUUGGUCCUCCAGGGAAACAUGCUCCAUCAUCAGUGCCUCAUUCUUCUAGUAUCUCUCACCAUUCUAAUGAUAGUGGAACCAGCAUCCGCUCUUUCGCAUUUCCUAUACUGACUGAGGGAGGACAUAGCACAUCUGUGAAGAAGGUUGACGAUGACGCCACCCAAAUAAGUCGGACAAGUCAGAAGAAAUGGUAUUCAUGCAUCUGCUGCUGCCAAUUCUGCUUUUGAGAGGGUUUGAAAUGUGAAUAUUCAGAUUCUAAGUUUGUAACUUAGAGGUCUAACAGUGUAAUACCGUCGAUGCUGCUUUUGUUCGAUCAAAAGCGUCGUAUGCAUUAUGAGAAUUGUAUGAGUGGAGGGACUGAUUGCGCUCUCUCCAUUUACAUACUGGCAGUCUCUCUCCUGUUAUUGUAAGAGCUUUUUGUAGUUGUUGGAAUCUUUCAGGCAUGCUUGCGCCGAUUUGGAAGAGCAGCAUGAAAUGUAGUGUUAGAAAGAGAGUGUUCCUGAACUUGGCCGAGUCAAUUGGGUCGGGCGAGGCAAGUUUUGACCGAGUACUAUGUACACCCUGAAUAUCAUGUUUAUAUAUUUAGGCAUUCAUUUUUGUUUAUA